AUGGAAAUAUCAAUUUUACUCGCACAGUAUCAGGCGAUGAACGUAACGCAUUUAAUGGUAGAUGAGUUGGAGUACGAACUGCGAAUUCGCGGAUUGAAUGUUGUCGCAUCGCGUACUCAGUUGGAAAGAGUGCUACGUAAUCGUCUGAAAGAAGAAAAAGAGCAAUUAGACGUCGUGUAUAAAUUUGUCGCAGAAUCGGUAGAAAGUGAAUUAAAAAUAUGUUACGAAAUCUUGAAUGAAAUAAGAGGUGAAUUAGAGAAGAAACGAGUGAGUAAAGCACCAGAGCAAAAGUUCAAGACCAGAUUAAUUCAUGUGUUUUUUAGAAUGGAAAGAUUGAAACCCCACAUCAGGGAUGAGGACGAUUUAAAUAAUCUAGCCGUGAAAGCAGGAAACUGUUUAAGAUUGUUGAGUGUGUACUUCUCAGUCACAUCUCAUCUGCCUGCAGUAAGAGCAGCAGAGCUAGCAUUAAUAAACGAAAGUUUGAAUCAGAUGCGUAGUGGUACAGUUAGUGAAGCAGAAAGAAGAGAAGAAGAAAGAGAAGAGGAAGAAAGAGAAGAGGAAGAAAGAGAAGAGGAAGAAAGAGAAGAAGAAGUAGGAAAUAUAGACCGAAGUAAUGAAGAGGAAGAAGAAAUUAUAGUUCAAGAACCUGAAGCUGAAAAUUCCGAUAAAGGGGAACCGGAAGGCGAUGAGAGAAACGGGAAUAGUUGA